UUGGCAAACGCAUCUCGCCCCGCUUCUCCCGCAUGGCAGUGGCUAAGAUCCAGAUUUUUGAACCCUGAACAACGGCACCGUCUUGGGCCAAGCGCUUGUCAAAGUCGUUCUAGCUCGAUCUGGACAGAGACCCUGAGAUCUAGCCUUCUUGACCAACUGGGCAUGUCGAUCGGAACAAGACCAAGGUUUCAGACGAGUCUAGAUGAUCCGGAUGGUAUGCUUCCCAUUUUCAUAGCGUAG